CUAUCCUGCAGUGGUUUCGUCCGUUGACCUUUCUUGUGUAAGAUACGACGUUUACGUAAAGUUAGCAGUUUUAAAUCGUUUCUUGCUCAGUUGUCUGAACAAUUUGGUCACAUAGAGGUCCAAAAAUGUUCCACAUUGUCUCCAGGUCGGCCCAAAGACUAUCGAGCACAGCCAGUGUUUUCAGACGUCUGAACAGCACACUCGUGAUCGCUGAACACAACAAUGCACAGCUGACCCCCAUCACACUCAACACCAUCACUGCUGCUGCUAAACUAGGGGGGGACAUUGCCUGCCUGGUGGCUGGGAGCAAAUGUGCUUCUGUUGUGGAGGAACUCACCAAAGUUGGUGGUGUCCAGAAGAUCUUGGUGGCUGAAAAUGAAGUCUUCAAUGGAUUUUGCCAGGUAUGA